AUGGCCUCGUUUUUCUCACGUGCCAUGUCACUCGUUUUCCUUACAUUCUUGUUUAAUAUUGCUUUUUUCUCUUCCCACGUUGCUGCGUUGGGCAAGACUGACACCAUCACUUGGGGUGGUGAUGUCUCCCGUGCAGGAUAUCAAAAUAAUCAUAAUAUGGACCCGGCGAUUGUGGGGAGCUCACAGUUCGGGCUCCUCUACAGAACACGACUCCCUGGUGCCUACAACGGAGCAGCCGAGCAGAUCUACUCUCAGCCCCUCGUGUACACGUCGAGUGACGGCGUCCAGUAUGUCUUCGUUGCCACCACCCAGAACAACGUGUACAAGAUCAACGCGAAAACCGGCGUAAUUGUCCUGCAACGAAAUCUUCAUGUCCCCUUCCUCACUGCCGAUCUGGACGGCUGUGUCGAUAUUAAUCCUCUGAUUGGUGUCACCGCCACCGGGGUUAUCGAUCCAGCCACAGAUGUCUGGUACUUGACAGCGAAGACGUAUGUUGACCAAAGCCCCACUGGAGCCAAGGGAAGACCAAACGGACGCUACUACAUCCAUGCCAUCGAUACCAAUACGCUGGCUGAGAAGCCAAACUUCCCUGUCGACCUCGAGGGCAUGGUUGCAAGAAACAACCCUGUACGCUCCUUCAAUGGAGGUAUUCACCACCAACGACCUGCUCUGCUCCAGGCAGGGCAAUACAUCUAUGCUGGCUUUGCCAGUCAUUGUGUGCAAUACAACUUCACUGGUUGGAUUGUCGGAUGGGACAAGACCAGUGGUGCUCUGGUGGAAAGGUUUGCAACGGAAGGAGCUGGGGUCGGGCCUACUGUUCCGGGGGCUGGCGUGUGGAUGUCAGGUGGUGGUCUAGCAUCAGACGGCAAGGGAUCCAUGUUCUUUGCAACCGGCAACGGUUACGCUUCGCAGCUCUCUAAUGUUCCCGUCUCUGGUCGCAAUCCUCCUACGGCGCUUGAAGAAGCAGCGGUCCAUAUGACCAUCAACGGCGAUGGUUCGCUGACUGUGGUCGACUUUUUCAUGCCAUGGGAAAAGCAAGCUCUGGAUGGAGCAGACAAAGAUCUGGGCACCUCUCCCCUCGAGAUUCUUCCGAGCCAGUUUUCAUGUGGUGUUUAUCAACGCAUUGGAGUCAUUACAGGCAAGAGCGGAAAAACCUACUGGAUCAAUCUCGACGACAUGGGCGGCUACCAGAACGGACCCGACAAGCUCGACGAUGUCAUCCAAGUCUUCCAAAAUGAGAACUCCGUCUAUGCCGGUGCCGGGGUGUACCCUCUCGAAGGUGGCUACAUCUAUAUCAACGUCAUCCAGUAUAAGACCCAUGUCUUCAAGUUUUCUUGCAGCAACGGAAUCCCAUCCUUCACCCAGGUCGCCGACUCGCCGGAGAAAAAUGCCUACAUCCUCGGUGUGGGACACGGAACAGUCACGUCGCUUGAUGACCAACCAGGCACCGGGCUGGUGUGGACUUCGGAUGUGGAAGGGGCAAAUCUCCGCAUUUACGACGCCGUCCCGCAGCAAGGCGUCUUGCGCUUGAUCAACUCAUUCGUGACUCCCGGAGUGACCAAGUUUACCCGCCCCGUCUUCGGUGAUGGCAUUGCCUACCAAGGCACGACGCAGGGCUAUCUAUAUGCAUACGGCGCGCCAGUCAACCUGCCUCUUGAGUGUAGUGGUCCUUAUGAUUUUGGUGUCGCCAGCCUGAACACAACAUCCGCCACCCGCGCUGUCCAGUGUCAAGCCAAGACCGCGCUCACCGUCAGUGCCAUCGCUCUUUCGGGAAACAACAACUUCGUGCUCAGUGGGCUGCCAACGCUUCCACUACAAGUUGCCGCCGGCACCAACUUCACCUUCAAUGCCGCUUUUGCCCCGAAACAGAUUGGUUCCCUCCAGUCGGAUGUGGUUGUCAACACAACCCAAGCUGCGGCAGGUUAUUCCAUCAACACGGCUAUUCGUCUGAAGGGCGUUGCCGAAAGCACGGCUCCGGUGCUGUCCAUCACUCCGAAUGUGCUUAGCUUUGAUGGGACUAUCGUUGGACAGAGCGUUGGUGGUGUCAAUAAAACCGUCAUCUGGUCCAACCUGGGCAACGGCCCUUUGACGGUGAGUGGCAUUCAAUACUCCCUCGUCAGCGAAACUGGCCCAUGGGUGGCACCGAACUCUACCGGAGAUGGCAAGACGGUCAUUAGUGCCUUCACCAUCUUCGGCGAGCCUUCAAGCAUUGCCGGGAAAACUGAUACUCCUGUCACGGUAAACUUCAACCCUCCAACCAGUGGGGGAUAUGCCGUCUACAUGAAGGUGUCCUCCGAUGGUGGAAGCAAGGUCUACGAUAUCAUCGGUACCGGUGCUGACUACCCAAUGGCCUUACUCGAAUUCGAGAAGCCUGACGGCUCUGGUUGGGUCGAAUAUGACAAUAGCACCGCGUUCACAUUUGGCAGCGUCACUCAGAACACCGUCCGAUACCUGAAGAUGCGCUUGAGCAAUGUCGGCACCGGCAAUGCUGCGAGGCUUAGUGUCACUGUCAGCAAACCACCAUUUGGCGUGCCAGGCAUCAUUGGGGCCAACAAUCAGAUGGAUUUGGGUGAGGGCUCCACCAUCGGGCCUGGCCAAAGUGCCAUUGCAACACUCUAUUGUGCGCCACCCAAGAGUCAGGUCAAUGUUGAUGCCUACAAUGGUACUGCCGAGUGGACCAUGAAUCUGGGAGACCCGGCGUUUGGAAAGCAGGUUAUCAAGUUUUUCUGCAAUGCCGUCUCCGAGCAAUAUCCGCCCUUGGACAGUGCGCAACAAGGCCUUUAUCGUUACUAUGGCUGCUUCAAAGAGAACAAUCCUGGCCGCCAGUUGCAGACACAGAUAUAUGGCUCCCCAGACAACACGAACGGAAAAUGCAUGGCAGCUUGCUCGGCCGCAGGGUACAUCUUCGCUGCGACACAGUAUAACUCGGAAUGUUGGUGUGGCAAUUAUCGGCCCAAGCAGCUUGUCGACGAGAAGAACUGCAACUUUGCAUGCUCGGGGAAGGUCACCGAGGUCUGCGGUGGUAACGGUAUCACUGAAGAUGGCUCUUUUCUGUCUCUUUUUGGUGACCGAACCCGCUUCGACGGCAACCUUACCAAGGACGUUGGACCGUUUGUCAAUCCAGGCGUGCUUGGCUUCACAAGUCAGGGUUGUUAUACCGAGGCGACAACUGGGAGAGCUCUCGCAAGAGGUGUAAACCCAGUCCCCGUUACGAUUGCUGGUUGUAUUUCUGCCUGCAAGAGUGGUGGAGACUCGCUGGCUGGUAUGGAGUAUGGGGGCGAAUGCUACUGUGGUAAUAGCCUAGCAGCUGGCUCGGUUCCAGCCCCUGCUGGUGACUGCAACAUGGUCUGUCGUGAUAAUGGAACCGAAUUCUGUGGUGGUGGUAGUCGUCUCAACAUAUACAAGUUGGACACUUCUGCAUCGGACCCCGUUAACGGAACUGGAACAUCUUCCAGUCCCACGCCGACUCCGACGGGACCUACCAUUAGAAGGAACGCUGGUAAUUUUACUUACCAAAUGUGUGCCACAGAAGUGCCUGGUCGUGCGUUGAAUGGGAAAGCUGUCGCUUCAGAUGACAUGACUGUUGCGCGUUGUGCUGGCAAUUGUACAGACUACACGUAUAUGGCUGUUGAAUAUGCGAGAGAAUGUUUCUGCGGCAAUACGCUGGCGGCUGGAUCUGUUGCUGCUACUGACGGUAGGUGUAAUAUGGUGUGUGCCGGCAACACAACCGAGUACUGUGGUGGUCCCAAUGGUCUCUCUCUUUACAAAUAUGAGGCACCGCUAGCCAGUAUCGUCAACUCUUCUACCUUCUCCGAGAACUCCACCGUGUCAAGUACGAUGUCAGCAACAUCCUCUACAUCUUCCCCAUCGUCUUCCACCUCCUCAACCAACUCAACAUCCUGGACCUACUCGGGCUGCGCCAACGAGACCACCGGCCGUGCCCUCUCCGGCGCUUCCACCGCCUCCGCCGACAUGACCCCUCAAAAAUGUCAAACCUUCUGCCUCUCCAAGAACCUUCCGAUGGCUGGACUCGAAUACUCCACCGAAUGCUUCUGCGGCACCGACCUGGGCCCGGGCUCCACCUACAACCAAACGGGCUGUUCCAUGCCCUGCGGCGGAGACAAGACGCAAACCUGCGGCGGGCCGAACCGUCUCGACGUGUACGAGUACCCGGGAUACGUCAAGCCUUCGCACCCGAGGAAGGUCGGCCUGUACGACUUUCUGGGCUGUUAUGCCGAGCCAGCUACGGGCGGGCGAGCGCUGAGCGGGUACAGCUUCGUCAACGCCACGGACAUGAGCGCCGAGUUCUGCGUGAGUGGCUGCGCGGCCAGGAACUACACGUAUGCCGGAGCGGAAUAUGCGAAGGAGUGCUGGUGCGGGAACGAGCUGAAGAGCUCGGCGACGCUGUUGGAGGAGCAGAAAUGCGAUAUGCUCUGUGCCGGCAAUCGGAACGAGUACUGUGGCGCUGGCAGCAGGCUCAGUGUUUGGAAGAGUAGAUGA